AUGAUCCCCUGCCAAUCCCCAACUCGACCUCUAACAGUUUCACUGCCAGCCAGACCUCAGACUUGUACUUCCCACAGGACUACGGUAUUCCACAUUUCAAAGCGCCAGUCAGGAAAGAAGUCAGCAAGAGCACGAAUGUUUUGGCGAGCUCAGCCCAGUGCCACCGGCAGCUCCGGCCCAGGCAGAGGCGCAGCUCGGCCCAGCAGCAACGCGGCAGCACCAAGGCCUUACCGCUGCGGCACCCCGCUCCCUCCCCGACCCAGGGAGGAGGAGGCCUGGCAGCGAGGAGCCCCGCUCGCCCCGCCCGCGGCCCACCGACCGUUAACAGCCGCCGCCUUCUCCUCGCCGCCCGGCUGCACUCCCUCACGCGGAGCCCCACCACAGGCCGACACGGGCACUUCCGGCGGCACUACGGUCGGCGGCAGGGUAGCGGACAGGGUGUUUGAUAUCCUCAGGACAUUUCCUCUUGCUUUGGAUCUUGGCUCCGGAAGAGGUUACAUAGCUCAACAUUUAACCAAGGAAACCAUUGAAAAACUUAUUCAAGUUGAUAUUGCAGAGAAUGCUUUAAAAAAUGCUGUAGAAUCUGAAAUCCCUACGGUCAGUGUUGUAGCUGAUGAGGAAUUCCUUCCUUUCAAAGAAGACACAUUUGAUCUUGUUGUUAGCAGCUUAAGUUUACAUUGGGUGAAUGACCUUCCUAAAGCUUUUAGAGAGAUUCACCGGGUUCUUAAGCCAGAUGGAGUAUUCAUUGGUGCAAUGUUUGGGGGAGACACUCUGUAUGAGCUUCGCUGCUCUUUGCAGCUCGCAGAAUUGGAGAGGGAAGGGGGAUUUUCUCCUCAUGUAUCACCGUUCACUGCUGUCUCUGAUUUGGGACAUCUGCUGUCAAGAGCUGGCUUUAACACCCUGACUGUGGAUACUGAUGAAAUUCAGGUCAACUACCCAGGAUUGUUUGAGGUUAUGGAAGACUUGCAAGGUAUGGGGGAGAGUAAUUGCUCCUGGAAUAGAAAACCCCUGCUACACAGGGACACAAUGUUGGCAGCUGCUGCAAUAUACCGAGAAAUGUACGGAAAUAGCGAUGGCUCAGUACCUGCCACGUUUCAGAUCUACUACAUGAUUGGCUGGAAAUUCCAUGAAUCACAGGCAAGACCAGCCCAGAGAGGUUCUGCAACAGUUUCAUUUGGAGAUCUGGCAAAAAUAGAUGGACUUCUUUCAAGAGGAAAAAAAUAG